AUCGUGUUUCGUGUUAUAGAAUGGUUGCGCUCAUGCAUCGUCUAGCUCCCUCUACCAUGGCUCCUGACAGCGGCGCAUUCGAUCGCAACAUACCUGGGGUGCUUUCUGACCCUGAAACUCAGCGGCAUCCCGUCAAACCCUGAGCGUGUUUGGCGUCCGAGUCCCACCAUCGUGAGCCUCGCCACCCUGUUCACAGCCAACGUCGGCAUCUCAAAUGCUUCUCUCGCCCUCGUCAGCGUGUCCCUGCAUCAACUCCUCCGCCCGCUCUCCACCAUCGUAACGACUUGCCUUUGCACAAUCUGGUUCCCCAAACGCUACUCCAGAGGCGAAUAUUUAUCCAUGCUCCUCCUCACCAUCGGCAGCGUGCUCGCUACAAUCGGCGAAGCAGACUGGACAUCAACGGGACUUGCGCUGACACUGCUGGGAGGACUCAUCGGGCCCCUCAAGGCUCUGGUGAUGUACAAACUCAUCACGCGAUCCGCGCCUCUCCUGACGCCCUGGGACAUCCUGUAUCUCAUGACGCCCAUCGCAGCGCUGCAAAGUCUCGUCAUCGCAUGGCUCGUGGGAGAAGUUGGUUUGCUGCGAACGGUGCGGAUGGAAGAUCUCCACGCCGGCUUCUUCGCGCACUGCUUGCUGCUCAACUUGUUGACUGCGUUUGUUCUCAAUGUGUGCUACUCCCAGGUGACCAUUAUCACGGGUCCGAUGGGCAUGUCGAUUUGUGGCAAUGUGCGGCAGAUUCUUACGAUUGGGUUUGGAAUGCUGUGUUUUGGGGUUGCCGUGAAUUGGCUGAACGGCGUGGGCUUAGUGCUGGCAAUGGCUGGGUUGGUGUGGUUUAGUAGAGCACAGUUGCGGAGGCAGGGAGUAGCGAUAACGACCUAAUUAGCACUUCUAUUGUACCUGCUAUUGCUCUUUGGAGAUCCUACGAACCUAACACAUUGGUAUAUAGUACGAGAGCCGCUAUGAAAAUCCUCAGCUCGAUGUCGUUUCCUUUCCUACGAUAGCUACGUCGACUGUGCCGUCCGUGAGAUGAAUGAUGGCUUGUGUCAGCCAAUGCGGCCAUGCCCGCAAGCCUCUCAAGAGGUUGAUGUCACCAAUAAGCACCUGUCGGCCGGUGCAAGACAUGAUUUGAUUGACGACGGCGUUGGAGACGUCGAUUGGAUCAAGGACCUGGAGGCUAAUCAGCAAUCUGGCUCAUUACGUAACUCCUGCAUGGCAGCAAACUUACAAACACUUUCUUCUCCUGCAG